AUGAAGACUGUGAAACCGUAUGGUACUUGGGAUUCUCCCGUCUCCAUCGAUCUGAUUUUGCAGGCGGGCGAUGCGAAGAUAUCCGAUGAUGUCUUUGUCGAUCCUGUAACCUCCAAAAUCUACCACACUGAGGGUCGGCCAGAUGAAAACGGGCGCGAUACUAUAAUUGCGAGCGAGGAAGGGAUCGACGUCCUCGGCAAGCCAUGGGAUGCUCGGGAUGGUAUAUAUGAGUAUGGCGGAGCGCCUGCGGUGGCAUUCAAUGGUACUUUGUAUUUCUCAAAUUACACCGAUGGCAGGGUAUACAAGACGACGGAAGGCGGCCAACCUGAGUCGAUCACCCCAGACUCAAACAAUGUCGUCCGAUACGCCAACUUCUCUGUGCACCCGAAGCAGAACCACCUCAUUGUGGCUGUUCUGGAAGAUCACAAGGAUCCUGAACCUUCGAAUGUCAUCAACAACGUCUGUCUUAUCAAUGCCAACACCAGGACUGUAUCCACGAUCGUGUCUGAUGCGGACUUCUAUGCCUCCCCGACGUUCUCCCCCGAUGGUGCCCACAUCGCCUGGGUGCAGUGGAACUUCCCUGACAUGCCGUUUGACGGAUCUCAGCUCUACGUUGGAGACGUGACUGUCUCAGCGGACGAAACCAGCUUGAGCGUAAGCAACGCGACCUACGUAGCAGGGAAGGCUAGCACAGUCAGCGCGACUUUCGCUUGCUGGGCGUCUAAUGAUGUCGUACUCUUCACCAGCGACGAGUCCGGCUUCAUUAAUCCAUGGAUGUAUUCUGUCUCGUCUCACAAGGCGGGCCCGAUCCUGUCUAAACCGAUCAAAGAUGACUUCGGUGUGGGCAAGUGGACGCUCAGCUGGAAUUUCGGUGCUGCGAUGGACCUGGAAGCGAAGAAGUCCCUCUUCAUUUCUAUGAGAGAGGGAAGGAGCGUGAUCUACGUCGUGGACGUCGCGCGCGGGACGGCAAACUGCCUUGACUGCCCUUACGUCAACAUCACGACGUUCAAACGUGCAGGUGACAACCGCGCGGUCUUCCUGGGACAGAAACGCGACAACUCCGCAAACGUCAUUCUUUGCACCUUGGAAGGCUCAGAUGAGCAACCAGAGCUGUCCUACAAGGAAUUAAAGAACAGCACCGAGAUACCCGAUGAUGUGAAGGCUUCGAUCUCGUAUGCACAGCCUAUCACUCUUGAGAACGACGCCGGAGAGGCAUUGUAUGUGAUAUAUUAUCCCCCGACGAAUGUGGAUUACACGGGCCCGGAGGAUGAACGUCCUCCUUGUGUGGUGGAUGCGCACGGUGGUCCCACGGGAAUAGCCUACCAGUCCUUGCAGUGGCUGGUCCAAUAUUUUACUAGUCGUGGGUUCGCUUGGAUGGACGUGAACUACAGUGGAAGCUCUGGAUACGGCCGUGCAUACGUCAACCGGCUCUUGGGCCAGUGGGGUGUACUCGACGUGAAGGACAUCGUCAGCGCCAUAAAGCAGAUCUCCUCCGCCCCGCGGUUGCUUGUCGAUCCCAAGCGCACCGCAAUCAGAGGCGAGUCCUCUGGCGGAUAUGACGCGCUCAUGACGAUCUGCUCUCAUCCUGAUGCCUACACUGCGGCAACUUCUCAGUAUGGGAUUGCCGACCUCACGACCCUCGCACAGCACACGCACAAGUUCGAGUCGCGCUAUAUCGACGAGCUGGUCGGAGGAACCUGGAACGAUAAUCCUCAAUUGUACGAUUCGCGUUCGCCAGUCAAUCUGGCGAGUAGCAUCAAGACGCCGCUGCUCGUUCUUCAGGGGUUAGCCGACAACGUAGUCCCGCCCGAGCAGGCGCAGGCCAUUGUGGUAGCCAUCAUGAAACAGGGCGGGACGGUUGAGUCCAUUACCUUCCCAGGAGAGGGACAUGGAUGGAGGAAGGCGGAGACGAUCAAGAAGGCGUACGAAUCGGAGCUGGGAUUCUACAGAGUUGUCUGGGGAUUGUUCCCGUGA